CGGCCCGGGCGCGCGGCCGGCGGCGGUUGGCGGCGCGUGGGGCCGGCGGGUGGUUGCUGUGGGCAGGACCCGAGUGCAGGCAGCUAGAGCCGGCGCCAUGGUGGAGAAGGAGGAGGCUGGUGGCGGCAUCAGCGAGGAGGAGGCGGCGCAGUAUGACCGGCAGAUUCGUCUGUGGGGAUUGGAGGCCCAAAAACGGCUGCGGGCCUCCCGGGUGCUUCUUGUCGGCAUGAAAGGACUCGGGGCUGAAAUUGCCAAGAAUCUCAUUCUGGCAGGAGUGAAAGGACUGACCAUGUUGGAUCCUGAACAGGUAUCUCCAGAAGACCCCGGGGCUCAGUUCUUGAUCCGUACUGGAUCUGUGGGCCGCAACAGGGCUGAAGCCUCUUUGGAACGAGCCCAGAAUCUCAACCCCAUGGUGGACGUGAAGGUGGACACUGAGAAUAUAGAAAAGAAGCCGGAGUCAUUUUUCACUCAGUUUGAUGCUGUUUGCCUGACUUGCUGUUCCAGGGAUGUCAUAAUCAAAGUUGACCAGAUCUGCCACAAAAAUAGCAUCAAGUUUUUUACAGGAGAUGUUUUUGGCUACCAUGGAUACACAUUUGCCAAUCUUGGAGAACAUGAAUUCGUAGAGGAGAAAACCAAAGUUGCCAAAGUUAGCCAAGGGGUAGAAGACGGACCUGAUACCAAGAGAGCAAAGCUUGAUUCAUCCGAAACUACUAUGGUCAAAAAGAAGGUGGUCUUCUGCUCCGUCAAGGACGCGCUGGAAGUGGACUGGAGCAGCGAUAAGGCGAAGGCAGCUCUGAAGCGCACAACUUCGGAUUACUUUCUCCUUCAAGUGCUCCUGAAGUUCCGCACAGAUAAAGGGAGAGAUCCUAGUUCUGCUACCUUUGGGGAAGAUUCGGAGUUGCUGCUCCAGAUUCGCAACGACGUGCUUGACUCCCUGGGUGUUAGUCCUGACCUGCUUCCCGAGGACUUCGUCAGGUACUGCUUCUCCGAGAUGGCCCCAGUGUGUGCAGUGGUUGGAGGAAUCUUGGCCCAGGAAAUUGUGAAGGCCCUGUCUCAGAGGGACCCUCCUCACAACAACUUCUUCUUUUUUGAUGGGAUGAAGGGCAGUGGGAUUGUGGAGUGCCUCGGCCCCAAGUGAACCCAAGACUUGGCCAUCCUGGAGAUACUGACCUGCAGCCUGACCGCACGUGUGCCCUGUCCCCUCCCCCCGACGAAGGCUGCUCCAGGCGGGGGGAAAGUGAGGCCACUGGACUAGUACAAACCAUUUCCCAUGAGCAAUGACCUUGUCCAGAUGUGCAACUUCCAUGCACCAGCAGCUGCUCAGCAAGGGGCUUAGGAACCGGUGUCUCCAUCCCACACCGUCAAGGGCUGCGUGCCGGCGUCACCUGUACACCCCCUCUGACGCAUCCCCCUGUCCUGGGGCCGCCAUGGCAUCGCCAGCCCUCCGAGCUUCGGCAGGAGACGCCUACCAGGGACAGGCACGCCUUGUUGCUUGCGAUCCUCUCGCCACCUCCGUGGACUCCCUCCUGCCUGAUGUCAUGCGGAGAAGAGCAUGACUCCAGGUGGGGAACGAGGCCGGGCCGGGUGAAACACUAGCGGAGCCGCCGUUCCACAUGCAGACAGGUGCCCCAGAGAGGGAAAGACAGGGCAAGUGGAAUGUGUUUCCUCCAGAGUUUGAGAUCCUGAAAAACAACAGGUGGUCUCUGGUGUGCUGUUCUUGAGUUUUAGUUCAGGAUUAGUUGGGUUUCAGCCUGGAUUUCGGAAGAGAGGAAAUGUUACCAGAGUUCCUUGGGCAUUAGGGAACUCUGGUA